UGAGUUUGUGGUAGGCAGUGAGUGAAUCAACUCGAGGGAUAAACCUCCUCGACUUCAGCCUACCUGUGGCAGAUAUGCCUGCCCACAACAGCACUGGUCGAAGUGACAACCACACAGACCUUUUGCUGAUCAAGUCUGACUUCACACUGAAUACACAUUGCGCUGUUUUGUAGUUCUGCAGCUUCUUACAGAGACGGUACCCGAGAUAACUCUCCUCCCGCCCAGCGGUACGCCCGUUUGCAUAACAGGCGCCGAGAAAGCCUUGCGUGGCUUCCUGGAGCGAUCGUUCCGAUUCAGAUGUUUCCUGUGAAAUGACACAUCAGCUCGGCGCUGUCUGCUGCCUCGGAGAACCGAGCCCCCUUCCAUCCUGCACACCGGUAGCCCCGGUCUGAUGCCCCGGGGGAGGGGGGGGCAACGUCCGUGUGGUUUGGAGGGAGCAGGGAGGCGGAGAGGACCAGAGCGACUGAGCGAAGCUCCCCGAGCAGCCAGCCCCCCACCAGGAUGCACCAAAACUGCUCCUUGAGCAUCAAGUGGAGCGACCCCCUGUACGCGGCGGCCUUCAGCUUCAUCUUCGCCAUCGGCCUCGUCCUCAACGUGCUGGCCCUGGUCUUCUUCUUCCGCUGCACCAAGAUCCGCUCGCAGACCACGGUCUACAUGAAGAACCUGGCGUGCGCCGACCUGCUAUUGGUGGUCUCCCUGCCCGUCCGCUGCUCCUUCUACGUGGUCCGCCGGCCCUACCCGCGGCUCCUCUGCGAGCUCAACGGCCUCAUCUUCCUGGUCAACAUGUACGGCAGCAUCUUCUUCCUGACCUGCAUCAGCCUGGACCGCUGCGUGGCCAUCUGCUUCCCCAUGAAGUCCUGGCUGAACGGGCUGCGGCGCCACGCCGCCUGGUACAGCGCGGCGGUGUGGCUGCUGGUGGUGGGGGCCAGCAUCCCUCCCUACCUGUUCGGCAAGUUGGGUCAGCAGCAGCCCAACGCCUCCUGCCACCAGUGCUUCGACCAGCGGCCCGAGUUCCUCACGAAGCCGGCCACCCUCAGCUUCACCCUGAUGCUGGGCUGCGGGGUGCCGCUGGCCACCAUCCUCGCCUGCUCGCUCGCCCUGUUGCGGGUGCUGCAGCGCAGCUCCGCCACCCGCAUGGACUUCAUCGACUGGCGCAAGAUCCGCAACAUGGUGGUGGCCAACGUGGUGAUCUUCGCCCUGUGCUUCCUGCCCUACCACGUCGUGCUGCUGCUGCUGGCCCUGGACUCCGACGACCAGCGGCUGCUGCCCACCUACCGCGCCACCCUCCCGCUCGCCUGCCUCAACACCGUGCUCGACCCGCUCUGCUACUACUUCGCCACCGAGACCUUCCAGCGGAGCCUGGGUGUGAGGGCGCUGAGGAACGCGCUGACCUCCCACACAGACAGCGAGGGCCAGCAGCGCCGCUCCCGGCUCAACGCCUGAGCCCGCCCCCCCCCCCACCCCGCUCCCGCCUCCUUGGGUGGAGGUGGGAGGGACCCCGUCUCCCCGGGGUGAUGGUGGGGGGGGGGGGGGGGUAUCCAGUCUCCUCUGCGGGUGUGGGGGGCAAUAUCCCCUCUCUUCUGGGCUGGGAGAGAUCCUGCCUCCUCUGGGGUGGGGAGAGACCCCGUCUCCUCUGAGGAGGAGGGGGGAAAGACCCCGUCUCCCGGGGGGGGGGGGUUAUCCAGUC